AACGCUUUGAGCAGACAGUCGCGAGCGCUUCGACUGUGAGGAUCAUUAUCUCAUUGAGAUAUAUUUUCUUCUCGUAUCUUUCAAACGUGUUAGUAGUCAAGUUUUAUUCCAGUGUGUAUUCCAAUAGUGCAAAAAGUGAUACGCGUGUGUGCAAUUUAUUUUCUCUCCGAAUAACUCGGUUUAACGUACAUUUUUAUUUUCUCGAAAUAUCAACAAUUGUUGUUUAUUCAAUGAUAAAGUUAUUUACAACACUAUAUAUCAAUAUAUUUACGUGUGUAUGAGUCAAAGCUUGAUCAUAAUCGUGUCAUAGGUAAAAAAGAUAAAAGUCGAUGAUUCAUAUUGGAAUUUUGGUUAGAAAAAUAUUAUUACGUGUGAAUUUCACUCUAUCGGAAUUUUUCUUUAAACGAGUCGUGACUUGAAUAAGGCAAGAAGAUAGAGAAAGAAGAAGAAGAAGAAGAAGAAGAUGCUGCUUCCAUCGAUGGGCGCCUUUUUAUUCUCUACCUCUCUAUCUUUCACUUUCUAAAUCGUAAUGUCCUCGUGGAAGACAUGCCUCUUAUAUGACUACGAAGCCCGAAAGAUCUCACGAAGUUGGCCGAACGUGUUUAAGAAUAAAUCACAGAUACAACUCUAGUCGUUUAGGGUUUUAAUUUUUGUUUAAACAUAUGAAUUAUGUGUCGUUUUUCAUUCGAAUUGAUUGUUCCAAAAUGAAGGAGAUGAUGUGAUAGCCAUGUUGAACAUGGAUAAUUCAAGCGAAUCGCCAAAAAGGCGAUCGACCUUUUACGUUUCUUUGGAUGGGGGAGAAUCUCGACAACCGGCAGCAAAAAUUCCUAAAACUGGGAACAAUUUAAUCAAAUCUCAAGAUGGAAAACAACAAGAAAAUACGAACAAUAAAUCGUCGUCGUUCGUAUGUAAUACUUUUCCAAUUGGUAAUUCGAAGACAACGUCUAACAUUGUCAGUUCUGCCGUGCCAAAAGUAAUUCUUACAAGAACUCUGAGCAACAACGAGUCCAUACCAAGCUGUAGAAAACCGGACGACGGUUUACCUGAACCUUACAGAGGCAAAGUCCAGUCUUUGACAAGGAUAUUUGAAAGCGCCAAAGGAUCUAACGAUCGAUCAAGCAGCGCAGGGAACGAAGAAAGGAAAAAGGUAGAAAGGACUAGGUCCUUUAAAACGAUCGAGAGGUUUCAGAAUCGAUUUACCGGUCGAAAGGAUUCGGCAAAGAAAGAGAAUCGUUUGAACAAUACGAUUGCUUGUUUUGAACUUGAGGAAGAGGAUAAUAAUAAACGGAAGAAGAAGAGCAAAAACGAUGAGAACGAGAGUACUACGAUUGAUGAUAAUAACAGGAUCAGCAGUAACGUGGUCAACAACAAUAACGUGGUCAACGUCAAAUGUUCUUCCAAUGGUGGUGGUGCUGGUGGUGGUAGUGAUGCUGCUAGUGCAGGUGCUGGUGCUAGUGUUGGUAACAGCGGUAAGGGGGAGGAAAAGAAACAAUCUAGCGGUAAUACGACUUUGACGAAUCUCUUGAUAAGAAGGACUCACAGUACGAAAUUAGCACGAACUGGUAGUUGUUUGGUUCGUUCUGGCAACAGACAUGCUUCCGUCGAUAGUAGUACAUCUUCGAUCGUCGCAGUGGCUGCUGCUGCUGCUGCUGCUGCUUCUUCUUCUUCUUCUUCUUCUUCUUCUUCGGUCGUCGGUACCGAGAGAGCUAAGGAUCGUGACCGCGAGGUCACGGCCGAUCCUUCUGCGGACAACUCGGUCUGCAUCGAGUCCUCCCUCUUCGAAGAUGCACCGGACAUCGAUGGGGGAAUGCAUUCUGAUACGUCGUAUGAGAAAGCUUGCCGAAGAGGAAGUGCACCGGCAACACCGGUACUCGGAGGACGGCCCUUGGAUGUUACGCCAAAUAGAAUCGUCAAUUUCUUCUCAAAGAGAUCGUUCCGAUCGAAUCCCUUAAAAAGGACGAAGAGCGUGACGAAAUUGGAAAGACAGAAACAACGGGGCGCCGGUCUACGGGGUUGUCGUUCGCACGAAUCCCUCCUCUGCGGACAGGCUGUGACCUCGAUGGACCUGGCUGCUGUAACGCCGCUUCAUCCAAGCCUCCUUGGUAGACCUCAUUGCUUCCAGGUCACACCCAGUACCGGUGCACCAAAGUAUUUCAGUUGUAGAACGGCUCACGAACGGGACCAGUGGUUACACAGCUUGAGGAAGUCCGUGCAACCGGAUGCUGAACAAACGAGAAGGACGGAUAAUUCUCUACAGAUUUGGUUACUCGAGGCCAAAGGUGUGCCAGCUAAGAAACGUUACUUUUGCGAGGUCUGCCUCGAUAGCACGCUUUAUGCAAGAACCACGGCUAAACUGAAAGCCGACUUAUGCUUCUGGGGCGAACACUUCGACUUUCAUCAUCUUCCAUCUGUCAAUACGAUUCAGGUGAACCUUUACAGGGAAGCCGAUAGGAAGAAGAAGAGAGAUAAAAAUGUUCUAAUCGGUUCGGUCAGCAUACCAGUUCACAACGUAACGUCUCGUUAUCUAACAGAAAAAUGGUACGCGGUGGUAGGCGACAAGGGUCCUUUAAAGGAACCACCAACGCUCAGGGUAAAAUGUCGUUUCCAGUCGGUCGACAUACUGCCGGUUCAGGUUUACCAGGAGUUCCUGGAAUACUUGAAGACCGAUUAUGCGUCUCUCUGCGAGAAACUCGAACCGGUAAUCGCCGUCAAGGCGAAGGAAGAUAUCGCGACUGCUUUGGUAGCCGUUAUGCAACGCGAGAAAAAAGCACCGCAAUUCUUAGCGGAUCUGGUUAUGAUGGACAUUCAUAGAAUAGACGACGAGAGACUCACAUUCCGGGGAAAUUCUUUGGCCACAAAGGCAAUGGAAGCAUAUUUGAAAUUAACAGGCGACAGGUAUUUGCAAGAGACCCUUGGAGCCGUUGUAAGAGGUGCCGUAGAAGGUGGAGACUGCGAGGUGGAUCCUCUCAAGGUUGCCUCCGUGGCCGCCCUCCACAAGCAACAACAAAAUCUUCGUAACGCGGUAGAACUCGCCUGGAGCAAGAUUCUGUCAAGUCACGCACAUUUUCCACUAGAAUUGCGCGAAUGCUUUCGAAUUUUCCGCGAACGUUUAGCCGAUAUGUGUCGAGAAGAUAUAGCGGAUAAUUUGAUAUCCGCGUCUAUCUUUCUGAGAUUUCUUUGUCCUGCCAUUCUCAGUCCGUCUCUUUUCAACAUCACUCACGAAUAUCCGAACGAGAAAGCAGCGAGGAAUCUGACUCUCGUCGCGAAGACCUUGCAGACGUUGGCGAACUUCACGAGAUUUCAGGGGAAGGAAAAUUUCAUGGAGUUCAUGAACGAUCUAUUGGAACGAGAAGCACCGUCCAUGAAGAAUUUUCUGCAACUUAUCAGCAGUUCAUUACCAAAAGACGCACCAGCGAACAACUCGUUGGAGUUCGACGGUUACAUAGACCUAGGAAAACAAUUGUCUCUCCUACAUGCGUUGUUGCGAGAAAGCGUUGCAGCGAUGGCAUCGUCCUCGCAAUCGUCGCCGCCACCAAAAUUGCUAGAAAUUCUCGAUAGGAUUUCCUUGGCAUUGGAUCAACCAGGACCAAGUCCUGUGCCAACUUCUCAUCGUUAUCAAAAUUUACAAAACAAUAUAUUCCGUUACAACGAUCCGACGAUCGCCAACAGCAACACGAAUCUCUCCGUAUCGGCAACAUCUACUCUGAGCAAUCAUAGUACUCUGAACGGUACCAUCAGAGAUAGCAAUGAGUUGCUGCAAUCCAAUACGUUGGGUCAUAACAGUUCGCGUAGUCCAAACGUCGUCAGGGCGGCCACUCUUCCUCGGAACGCUUAUAUGGCGAAUAACGGGAAAUUGCAAUUACAAAUCAAUACGGACGAUUAUACUUUAGAACCAGCGGCCUUCGUAUCUCGAUCUCCAACUCCUAUAAUACGUCAGCACAGGCCGAUCAUCCAAACUCGUGCCGGUGCUGGCUACAGAUUAACAGCCAGUGCCAGUUUGGCGAACGUUAAUCACUGCCAGACGCAUCCAUCCAGUCCGACUCGUUCCGAAAGUCACAGCAAUCUCAAAGAUUCUAAUUACAAUAUAACUCUAACGGCAAACAAUCAACCAAGUAACUUGAACAGCGUCGCUCAUCAUCAUCAUCAUCAUCAACAGCAGCAGCAGCAACAGCAGCAGCAACAACAACAGCAGCAUUACAGACACAAUAUAGCGAGAUUGCAAAAUCUCGAAAUUCACGAUAGGGAGGACAAUUAUAAUCACAAUAAUUAUAAUGUAUCGAGGUCGGCAAGUAGGAAUCAUUGUCGGAAGGAAGAAAAUGUGAAUCAGACUCAACAACAGAAUUACAACAACGUCUCAAAGACUACGGUAAACGCGAACGUAGUGGUUAAUCCCUCGACGAAUUUAACUCUGUCGAUAAAUCAUCAUCAGCCGAACAACAAUUACAACAACGCUAAGGGGAACAACGGUAGCACUACCACUGCCAACGGUAAUCUCGACGAACUUUCGGAUCUCCUCAGGUACGCCGACGACGAGGUUUCCGAAUCGAAAUCUCAAAAGGGAUCGCAAAUUUCGAUCUCUCAGCUGAGCAACGUCGCAUCUUCGGGUUACCAGAGCUUCGCUGCUUACAGCCAAAGCUCGAGUCCGGUCGAUCUCAGCAGCAACAACGCGAACGCGCAUAUUCUCACUGCCGCGCCAUUGGCCUUCGCCAAUCCUGUUUAUCACAUGGACUCGAAUCACGGUAGAUCGGGUAGAAGAGGUAGCACCAGCUCCGAAGAGAGGGACGGCAGCGGCGGUGGUGGAGUCGAAGGGGUCAGAGGAGUCGAUCUCAGUCCGUCGCCACCUCCUCAAAACAACGUGAGAAAUCUUCAAAGGAAUGGACAAAAUCAGUGGCGACAAAUUAACCAAACUCACAGGAAUAACUCUGAGCAACAACAAAAUGUUUGUUGCAACAAAUUGAGAAGAAGGUUGUCUCUUGACUCGACGAGGGAUCUUUCCGACACCAGUGAAGAGGAAAAUUGCACCACUAGAAGAAGUAAAUCUCGAAGUCAUCGCAGCAUCGAUCAGUAUCAGGUGGAAAUCGAGAGGCUGCAGAAUAGCGUUGAUCGAGUAAGAGCUAGAUUUGGCGGGAACGAAGAUACAGAUAUAAAUGGCAUCGCACCAGACACCGAGAUGAAGACCAUCAUCUCCAGUUUAAUCUCCAUGGAGGAGGAGUCACGGCGCAAGGAACAGAAACUGUCAGCCGCGUUGUCGUACAAGCAGCGCGUGAUAGACGCGUUGGAACAACAGAUAGCUGCUUUGGAUGCGGAAAAUUCAAGAUUGACGCUAUCGAACACGCGACUACUUUCCGCCCUGACGGAUCUUAAGCAACGUUACAACGCAAAAACACAAUCUAACAACGAGACUACAGCAUUGUUGCAGAAUAUCGCUGAUAUUGGUGAAUUGAAGAGUUCUUCCUGUUAAACAAGAAAAAGAAGAGGACGAGCAGAAGCUGAAGGUGGUGGAGAAGGUGGAGGAGGAGGAAAUGAAUUAAAAUGCAUUUUAGUAAACUGGAAGAACAAUGAUCAAUCAUCUGCUGUUACCGUUGUUGUUGUUGUUGUUGUCGUUGGUUGUUGCUGUUGCUGUUAGGGUUGCAAUUGACUCGACUGAUCAACCAACUAUCGCUUAGCGCUGGCUACCUCCCAGUUUAUUAUUCAUAACGAGUAAUAAUAUUAAUUAUUAUUAAUAAUACUGAUAAUUAAAUUUAGACGACGACGACGACAAUGACGACGACGAUGACGUCGACAUAUUGAUUGUAGUUAAACGAUACGAUAUAGGUUGCGUCAAGGCAAAUGUUAUAUCAUUUUUUUCAAUAGGAUAGAUAUCACGUGCGAUAUCAAGAGUUUUCAUAGAUUUGCGUAAUCUAAUUAACAAGACUCUCUAUAAUAAUUGACGUAUAAGUUUUAAAAGAGAAAUUAAUAAACUAUUCAAUGUCUUAUUAAACGUAAAAGCAAAUGAAGAAAAGUGAGAAUGUUGGGAUAAAAAUAAACGUAGAGAGGCUACCUUAUAUAUAUAUAUAGUAUAUAUUAGGACGAAUGAAAAAGAAAAGAAAAGAAAAGAUGAAAAAUAAGUGAAAUAAGGUGAACAACAACAAAAUUUCAUCGCGAGACACCGAUCGUAUUCUUUUAUCGAUGUAAGUCGAUCUAAGUGUUAAUCGUUUCUUAUUAGAAAUAUUUAGGAAGCAACACAUGCGAGAUAUGUCGUCGUUUCUUCCUUACUCUCGCGAAUCUAAAU